GUCUUCAAAAGCCAAAUAUUUCAAAGAUGGAGAAGUAAAGGAUUUUUCUGAAUUCCUGACUGAUUCAUUUGGUAGACAGCAUAGUUAUCUGAGAAUAUCCCUCACAGAAAGAUGCAACCUUAGGUGUCAGUAUUGUAUGCCAGAAGAGGGUAUACAACUCAGUCCAAAAGAUGAACUAUUGUCAACGGAAGAGAUAGUCACCAUAGCAAGAUUAUUUGUGAAAGAAGGAGUAACAAAAAUAAGACUUACUGGUGGAGAACCAUUAGUUAAAAAAGAUAUUAUUGAGCUGUGUGAGGAACUUGGUAGUAUYGAAGGAUUAGAGACCUUAGCAAUGACAACCAAUGGCAUAACACUGAAAAGAAAACUCCCUGCAUUACAAAAAGCUGGCGUUAAUCUUAUUAACAUCAGUCUGGAUACACUUAUACCACAGAAAUUUGAAUUCAUUACAAGACGAAAAGGUUGGCAUAAAGUAAUGGAAUCAAUAGAUUAUGCAUUGGAAUUAGGAUAUAACCCUUUAAAAAUAAACUGUGUUGUUAUGAAAGGUCUUAAUGAAGAUGAAGUGUGUGAAUUUGUUGCUCUUACAGAAAAUAAGGCUGUAGAUGUGAGGUUUAUUGAAUACAUGCCAUUUGAUGGAAACAAAUGGAAUUACAACAAAUUCGUAUCUUACCAAGACAUGUUAAAGUCUAUAAAAGAAAGAUGGUCAAAUAUUGAACGGCUUCAAGAUCAUCCAAAUGAUACCUCAAAGGCAUAUAGAGUAUCUGGUUUUAAAGGUCAGGUUGGUUUUAUUACAUCAAUGAGUGAACAUUUCUGUGGAAGUUGUAACCGCCUUAGAAUCACUGCAGAUGGAAAUCUGAAGGUGUGUCUAUUUGGUAAUUCUGAAGUAUCUCUAAGAGAUGCAAUACGUUCAGGAACAACUAGAGAUGAGCUUCUAGAGAUCGUAGGUGCUGCAGUUGGAAGAAAGAAAAAACAGCAUGCAGGUAUGUUUAACAUUGCAAAACAGAAGAAUCGUCCAAUGAUCCUCAUUGGUGGAUGACUAUCAUGUAUGAAAUUAUUGCAACCAUUAUUCACAAAUACAUAUUCACAUGCAAAUGUGGAACAUUGUCGUAUGUACUCUACAGAUAGCAGAAGUGAUUCCUCCAUUUCUCCAAAGCUCACUCAUGUUGCUAGUGAUGGUGCAGCAAGCAUGGUUGAAGUGAAAGAUAAGCAAAUAACAUCACGAAUUGCAGUAGCUAAAGGUGUUGUUUAUUUAGGAGAGCAAGCAUUUCAACUGGUCAAAGAAAAUAACAUUAAAAAGGGUGAUGUAUUGACUACAGCCCAGCUGGCUGGGAUAAUGGCAUCAAAGUCCACUUCAACACUAAUUCCUCUUUGUCACAACAUACCAAUUACACGUGCCGAUGUUCAACUGAAGUUAAAUGAUGAGGAAAAUGYGGUUGAAAUUAUUGGUACUGUUAGYACAGUAGGAAGAACAGGUGUGGAGAUGGAGGCACUCAUGGCAGUGUCUGUUGCUGCCUUGACUGUGUACGACAUGUGCAAGGCUAUAUCAUAUGAUAUUGUCAUUGGGAAUAUACAGUUAAUUCACAAAUCUGGAGGGAAAAGUGGGGAAUUUUCCAAGGCAUGAAGUGACAAUAUUGUCAAUGAAAUUAGAUUGACCAAGUGGGCAGUUUYGCUURGGUAAAUCCAACAUAGCAAUUUGUCAAUCCAAUACCAUAUGCCUAGCAAUUUGAUAUCAAAAACAGUCAUCACUUUUCGUCAUAUAGUAAGAAAAGUAGAAGUCAAUUCUGUAGAAAGUCCAUAUAUAAUAACAGCUCAUGUGUCAUCUUCAUGACAUUUGCAAAAAUAUUUGUUUAUGGUUUUUCAUGAUUUAUAUGUAAAAUAUUAGAGGUAUGGCUGAAUUAUUUACAUAGGUAUAUCACAGUAUAUGGAAUUCAUUUACAUUCACUCAUCAAGGAAAUAGUCAUGUCCAGUCAAUGUAUUCAUUGGUUUUGCAUUAUUGUUAUAACAGUAUGACUAUAUACAUAACACACUUAUAGGGAAAGUAAAAAUCAAUUCAUAUUCAUUAACAGGAAUAAUGUCUAAUUAGAGAAAUUAAAAAUAUGAAUCUUUUGAGCUCCUGGAACCCAUAUAUCACCAGUGCAAAAACACAGGUUUUCCUUUAAUAUCUAAGAGGGUAAGAUGUUCAGUGAAGAAUUUUCAAACRGGAGUGACAGUAAAUUUGUUCCCCCAAAUUACCAUUUUUAGUAAUUUUGGUGAGGUAUGUGAUGAUUUUUGUCAGAUACCAGCUGAAAUAAUCAUAGCCCCAAAAGCCCCAUUAGACCCUAGAGUGCACGUCACAUAAGCAUGAAAUAAUUCUUAAUAUGUAUUGCUAAAUAAGAUUUAGUUAUCAACUAACUAAGAAUUCAACAAAGCAUAAACACAAUGCCAAUUAUUUAAAUUCCUUUGUAGCAUUGUUCUUAAUUCUUAGUUAGUUGAUAACUAAAUCUUAUUUAGCACUACAUAGUUAAGAAUUGUUUCAUGCUUAUAUGACUUGCACUCUAAAAGGUGAUUUGGAAAGACACAAUCUAUAAAAGGCACAAUGAAUCCCCUGGAAAUAAUCCUUAUGGUAAGACAUUAGACAAACUACUUAGAUUGUAUUUUAGAUCUAUUAAAAAAUAAUAUCAUAAUUUCAAUCAGUUUUAAGAGUAUGGAAACCUAGUUUUAUAUAUCAAACAAAAAUAAAAAAAUUGAUUUUUA